UGACACAAAUCCAAUAAGCCUAACUUUCACGCAAACAAAAAGCAACGGCACCUAAUUUUCCAACAUCUGACUUCAAAUUGCUUGUUUUCUUCGAAAUAUUUUCGUUCCUGUUUUUGUCUUCGCACAGUAAGUUUGACCCAAUAGGACACAACAACUCGAACAUACCAUGCCAAACAGUAAUCUACGGCAACGGAUACAGAACAGUGGUGGCCGUAGAUCAAGGCCGUCGCCGAGGUGGAGGGGACCCUCUAAACAGCCCAAGCAUAUUGAGAUAUUGAAGCGAUGCUCGUCGGAGCCGAGUCUGUGUAGUUUCAGCGAUGGCGAUGGAGAUGUAGCUUAUCAGAAACCAAUGCGUAUUGCGCACCAAAGAGAAGGAAUUUUGUACAGGCCACAGACAUGCUUGGACGUUUUUGCAAUGUCUCUUUCUUCGAUGGCUUUCUCUCCCCAAAAUAAUUUCAAGGGAUAUAGUAAGGAUGGUAAAGUGAUAGUUAAAGUGACAGUGGAGGGAAGUCCGGGGCCAAUCAGGGCCAUGGUUAAAUUGGGAUCCAGAGUGGAUGAAACAAUUAAGCUUGUUGUAGAUAAAUACAAUGAAGAAGGGCGGACACCCAAACUUAGCAGAGAAGAGGCAUCCUCUUUUGAGCUGCAUCACUCUUAUUUCAGCCUUCAAAGCCUGAAUAAAUCAGAGCUACUAGGAGAUGUUGGUAGCAGAACCUUCUAUCUUCGGAGGAGUAGCAGUAAUCAUAGUAGUGCAAAUUCAGAAAUUGUUCAGGGGAUGAAAGCAGCCUCCCCACCACUCUCGUCCUUGCUCUCAUCUUUGAUUGGAAAAAUUGUAAGCAUAGUGCGUAAGCUUUGGAUGGUCAUGAUUUGUCAGCAAUGAUAAUUACCAUUUUUAAGAGUAA